AUGAGUGCUCUCUUCAAUUUCCAAGCGCUUUUACAAGUUCUGCUUUUGCUCGUUUGUUCAUGUACAUAUAUCCACUCGCAAUGGCCAUCGUUACUGGAUAGAUAUAAGGAUCACAGCAUGUUAGGUGCAUUCUGGAAAUGUGCUCGUAUCGGUGAAAGAGCAAGUCCAUACGUGAGCAUUGCGUGUAUCGUCAUGGCAGUGAACCAGUUUCAGACGUGA